AUGAACGCAGCGUGCGUCUCAUACUGCGAUAUGACAUCGAUGGAUUCAUAUUAUAGCACGUCCACUGCGCAAGGUAGGGAUCACCAGGCGAACCCGUUCAGGACUUUCCCGACCGCUGAAACCAAAUACAGCCCCAGCACGUUCAUAUCGGGUAAAGGGCAGGCUUACGGAGAGAAGUCCCGAAGUCCCUUCCAGCCGGAGUGCCAGUCGUUGGAUGGCGCUGCUGAGGAGGGCACCUUCAACAAAUAUCAGCUCUUCAUGCAGCGACCGACCUGCAAAACUCCGCCCGAAGGCAGCAAGCUGCACCCGGACAGCGGACACAACGGGACGCUCAUUCCCUGCUAUGGAAAAGACAACAGUGGCCUGACAGAAUCCGAGUUGCCCACGAGCGUUGACCCUCCCGGGAUGGAAGGCAGCUAUCUGAACCUAAAGGCGCCGGGUGAGAAGGGGUUGAGUGAGCGGCCGGGCUCCGACCUUUCCAGCCCCCUGGACAAAAGUGAGGCAGAGAGCAACAAAGGCAAGAAGAGACGCAAUCGCACCACAUUCACCAGCUACCAGCUGGAGGAGCUGGAGAAGGUUUUCCAGAAGACACACUAUCCAGAUGUUUAUGCCCGCGAGCAGCUGGCACUGAGGACGGACCUGACUGAGGCUCGUGUACAGGUGUGGUUCCAGAACCGCAGAGCCAAGUGGAGGAAGAGGGAGCGCUACGGCCAGAUGCAACAGGUCCGGACACACUUCUCUACUGCUUACGAGCUGCCUCUACUGACUAGACCUGAGAACUACGCACAGAUCCAGAACCCAUCGUGGAUCGGGAGCAGCAGUGGAGCAUCUCCAGUGCCGGGCUGCGUUGUGCCUUGUGACUCCGUCACCUCCUGCAUGCCGCCUCACCCUCACGGUCCUGGAGGUGGCGCUGACUUCCUGGGCGUGCCCAGUCCAGGGAGCAGCCACAUGGGACAGACACACAUGGGCAGCCUUUUUGGGGGUCCCGGGAUGGGCGGCGGAAUCAAUGGCUAUGAUCUCAACCUUGAUCCAGACCGCAAGUCUUCCAGCAUAGCUGCGCUGCGUAUGAAGGCUAAGGAACACAGUGCGGCCAUUUCUUGGGCUACAUGA